AUGGGAUCUUUACAAGAUGAGAGCAAGACCUCUCUUAUGCGAUGGUAUAUAGACACGCGACAAUUGACGGCGACGAAUUCAUUACUCCCGUUGUUGGAGACCCUCCAACCGUCAGACCAAGAGACAGUCAAGAAGUACUACCACCUCAAGGACAGACACAUGUCCCUCGCCUCAAACCUGCUGAAAUACCUUUUCAUCCACCGCUCGUGCCGCAUCCCUUGGAACAAGAUCAGCAUCAGCCGAACACCAGCGCCUCACCGCCGACCAUGUUUCCUCCCCUCCCCCACCCUGAUCGAGAGCACCGACGGACCCAUCCCCAGCAUCGAAUUCAACGUGAGUCACCAAGCAUCUCUCAUAGCGCUCGCAGGCACAAUUAUCCCCCCGUCCGAUGUUGCACACACCUCACCCGCUGCGGUGUUCGCAGCCCCCAGCCCAUCCUCGAUUCCGGCCCUCUCCGUCCCUCAGGUGGGCAUAGACAUCACCUGCGUGGACGAGCGACGCGCACGGACAAGCUCCGCCCCGUCCACCCGCAAGGAACUAGCCGAAUACGUCGACAUCUUCGCCGAGGUCUUCUCCAAGCGCGAGCUGGAAACGAUCAAGAACCUGGGCGGAAGAUUCCCGGCUCAAGCGCAGGACAGCGCCCGGGAAACCGAAGCGGUGGAGUAUGGCCUCCGCUUGUUCUACACUUACUGGGCUCUCAAGGAGGCGUAUAUCAAGAUGACCGGCGAGGCGCUUCUCGCGCCGUGGCUGCGGGAGCUGGAGUUUACGGAUGUCAUUGCGCCUGCGCCGGUGGAGGGCUUGGCGGUGGAUUGGGGGGAGCCGUACACUGGUAUCAAGACGUGGCUGUAUGGCGAGAGGGUGGAGGAUGUGCGGAUUGAGGUGGUCGCGUUCGAGAAGGAUUAUAUAUUUGCCACGGCGGCGCGAGGGGCGGGAUUGGGGGCCGAGAGUCGGCCAUUACCUGGGAGUGCGGGCGUAGAUUCCUGGAUGCUUAUAGAGAAGAUCGAUAUCGACAAGGACAUUGCGCCUUGUGCGACGGGUGUCUGCCAGUGUGCAAAGAAAUAG